AGCUGACUUCCCGGCCGGAGGAGGGAGUCAUCCUGAGGUAAAAACGGAGCUCUAAUGUCACACUGAAUCCUUUAACAGCUCGCAGACACACGGAAAGUCGCUUGUUCCGCGCUCACUAAGGAGAGAGAAUCCGCCAUGGCAUGUGAGGCGUGAGGAGCAGCCACCAUGAUUGGAGGACUGUUCAUCUACAACCACAAGGGGGAGGUACUGAUCUCCAGAGUGUACCGCGAUGACAUAGGGAGGAAUGCGGUGGACGCGUUCCGCGUGAACGUGAUCCACGCCCGGCAGCAGGUGCGCUCGCCUGUCACCAACAUCGCACGCACAAGCUUCUUCCACGUAAAACGCUCAAACAUCUGGCUGGCGGCUGUCACCAAGCAGAAUGUCAACGCCGCCAUGGUGUUCGAGUUCCUCUACAAGAUGUGCGACGUGAUGGCGGCCUACUUCGGCAAGAUCAGCGAGGAGAACAUCAAGAACAACUUCGUCCUCAUCUACGAGCUCUUGGACGAGAUUCUGGAUUUUGGAUAUCCUCAGAACUCGGAGACCGGCGCGCUGAAGACGUUUAUUACCCAGCAAGGCAUUAAGGGUCAGCAUCAGACGAAGGAGGAGCAGUCUCAGAUCACCAGCCAGGUGACGGGGCAGAUCGGCUGGCGUCGCGAGGGCAUUAAAUACCGCCGCAAUGAGCUUUUCCUGGAUGUACUGGAGAGCGUCAACCUGCUCAUGUCCCCGCAGGGUCAGGUGCUGAGCGCACAUGUGUCGGGCCGUGUGGUGAUGAAGAGCUACCUGAGCGGCAUGCCCGAGUGCAAGUUCGGCAUGAAUGACAAGAUCGUCAUCGACAAGCAGGGGAAAGCUGGAGCAGGCGAUGACACCGGGAAGAGCAGCGGGAAGCAGUCCAUCGCCAUCGACGACUGCACCUUCCACCAGUGUGUGCGUCUCAGCAAGUUCGACUCUGAGCGCAGCAUCAGCUUCAUCCCUCCGGACGGAGAAUACGAGCUCAUGAGGUAUCGCACCACUAAGGACAUCAUCCUGCCUUUCCGCGUCAUUCCCCUGGUCCGAGAAGUUGGGCGCACCAAGCUGGAGGUCAAAGUCGUCAUCAAGUCCAACUUCAAGCCUUCCUUACUGGCACAGAAGAUUGAAGUGCGAAUCCCCACACCUCUGAACACGAGCGGUGUGCAGGUGAUCUGCAUGAAGGGCAAAGCAAAGUACAAGGCCAGUGAGAACGCCAUCGUGUGGAAGAUUAAGCGUAUGGCUGGAAUGAAGGAGUCUCAGAUCAGUGCUGAGAUCGAGCUGCUGCCCACCAAUGACAAGAAGAAGUGGGCUCGUCCUCCCAUAUCCAUGAACUUUGAGGUGCCGUUCGCUCCGUCCGGUCUAAAGGUUCGUUACCUGAAGGUGUUCGAGUCCAAGCUGAACUACAGCGACCAUGACGUCAUCAAAUGGGUUCGCUACAUCGGCCGCAGCGGCAUCUACGAGACACGCUGCUGACCACGUGACCAGCCGUCUCCCGUCCCACACCUUCCCCCCGAGAUAGGUGGAUGGAUUAAACAAAUCAGUAGAGAAUUAUGCAAAUGUGAACCGUGUCCUGUGUGUAUGAACAGUUAAAGCAGAGAGAGAGAGUUGUAGCGCGGGAACGUCGACACGUUUAUUGUAGCACUGGAGCGGAUUGAGGGGUGGAUGUGGGUGUGUCCCAAAUGCUAAAUGUUCUUACUUAUGAGCUCGUUAGAAUAAAUUCUCGCUGACAUUCGGGACACGACCCUCACCAAUGUGAUGUGGGUGUGGAUGCGACGUCUCUCUCGCUUUCUCUCUCUCUCUCUCUCUCUCUCUCGCUCUGUCUGUAACAGUGAACGUAUAUAUAAAUGUAUAAAAAUAACA